AUGGGACUAAAAAUUAAUUUUCUGGUUUACUUUCUUAUAUUUUCAAUGGAAAAACGUUAUACUGGUUCAUCUGUUGGUGUCUGCAUCACAAAUUGUGUCCAAUGCAAACAAAUGUAUGGACAAUAUUUCGAAGGCAAAAUAUGCGGCGACACUUGCAUAGCCAGCAAUGGAAAACUGAUACCUGACUGUAAUCAACCAGGGACAUUACACAGUUAUUUUAAAAGAUUUUAUAAGAAGUAGUAUAGUAUAUUGGAUAUAAAUCAAUACGUGCUUUAAGCAUCACUUCAAUAUUUGAAUAAUAAAUUAAUUAAUUCUGAAGGCUAACGAGAUAUGCUUUUCUCAACUACGAUCCAACAUUUUUCACGUCUCUCCAGUGCUCAUAUAAUCUUCAUUUCUUUUCGUUUUCCUAUUUGGAUGGUAUAUUAUCUGCGUCCAAUCAAAAAGCCUGGGAAUAAUUUCUGGUACAAUAAUUUUAAAAAAUGACAGCUUUUCC